AUGACCGAAUUAAUGGAUUUUGAUAGUGGCUUGGCGUUCCACUUGAACAUGGAUCUGGACACAGAUCUAAAUUUUGAUGUGGAUAUGGAGUUCUACGACGACGGAACGGAAAGAGAACGUAAAGAAACAAUGAAACGUGACAUACAGCACAGCUCUUCGAAACCUCUCCUUCAAUAUCACAUUUUCCUUUAUCGAAAGGAACUAAGACGGCGUAGAAUGAAUCGCUUACAUCUAACGAAGACGAAAAUUGAUCUCACCGGAUGCCUGUUGAUAAAUUGUGAAGGUAAAAUAUGUGAUUUUUCGUCCCAAGAUAUCGAUGCCUUCACACGACAGGUGGAUUUCAAAGAUCGCUUGGUGCGGCAACAUGCAUCAUUAUACGCCGACAUGGACGAAGAAGUUGAAAGAGACGUGGAGGGAAAACUCAUUUUAAAGUGUAACGUAAUGUGAAUGUUAUGUAGCGACUAUGGGAGUUAGAAGCCUAAAU